CGCGCCUCGGACCUCGCCUUCCUGGCGCUGCUGCGGGAGGCGCACCCGCCCCUCACCGGCAGAACCUCCUACCAGCAGGCGGAGGCCAGGUUCGGCGGGGACGAGCGCUGGACGGCGCUAGCGGAGGAGCCCCGGCGGCGGCAGCUGUACGACAGCUUCCUGCAGGCCACGAGGCGGCUAGAGGAGCAGGCGAGGGCGGCUGCGGAAGCGAGCUUCAAGGCGGCUCUCCGACGCCUCAACGUCACUGCCAGCUCCAAUUGGGCCGAGGUGCAGUCCUGCCUCCUGGAAACCGACCCUGCACUCUCCGAGGUACAGGACGAAGAGCGGCGGCAGCAGUUGUUCCUCGAGGUCGUUUCGGAGCUGCAGCUGCAGGCGGCCCUGCAGGAGGCGGCGCGCAAGGCGGAAGCGGAGUUUACGGCAAUGCUUGAAGAGCUCAGUGACCCGCGGGUCACCUCCACCAGCACCUGGUCGCUGGUGCGCCGGGCGGUGGCGAGCGACCCACGGUUCCAAGCAUUGCCGGAGCACCGCCGCAGGGAGCUGUUUGAGGCAUACACGGCGAGACUCUUCGAAGCAACUGCUUGCGGAGUUGAGGGUGAGGACGCGGCAGCGGGGCUGCUGUCGGCUGAGGCGGCCGAGGACAGCACUGAAGCACGGCACGCGAACGACACCCUACCCGCUGCACCACCCUCCACACUAGCAGCCGCUGUCAUCCCGGCGGAGGCAGGCAUUGCCUCCUCCUCCUCCGCGGUCCCUGUAGCGUACCCCUUGGGGCUGGACCAACUUACCGGCAACGGCAACGGUGAUAACGGUAACGGUAACGGUGGACCCAGCCAGUUGGCUGACGACGCUGCACUGUAUCAGGAACGGCUGACCAGCACAGCAGCAGCAGCGGCAGCUGAGGACGCUGCUGGGACCAGGCUGGAGGGGGGAUCUCCGCCUGCAGCGGGUAAUGGCACUGUCAGGCGCCGAAGGGGUGUCUUCGAGGGCGGACGUCUUGAGGAGCUCCGACGCGAGCAGGCUCGUCUGCGUGCCGAGUACGACGCCAUGGCGCAGCGGCUUCGUGAGAUGGAGGAGCGGCUCAGCAGCCAGGCGCAGCUGGUGUCCGCGGUGGCGGCGCUGGAGGCGGCGCAGACCACACCGGCACCGGCACCCGCCGAGUCAGCAGGAGCUGCAGCACACGCAGCAGCCACGUCAGCAUCAGCAGCACCAGCAGCAGGGGGGGCAGCAGCAGCAGUGCCUGCUCCGGUGGAGAUGGAUGUGUUGAACUGACUCCUGCAGGGGCUUCUGUGGGAGUGGGGCUUGGGGAGUUGCUGCGGCGCAGGAGAGUAUCCUCGUUGCGUUGGGCAGCAGGCCGCGCAUGCAUGCGGGGGAGGACAGGCAUGCAGGCGGGAAGGGCAUGCAUGCAGGCGGGAAGGGCAUGCAGGCGGGAAGGGCAUGCAUGCAAGGGAGGAUGUGCAGGCGGGAAGGGCACGCACGCGGGGACGACAUGCAUAUACGGUGAAUGGCAUCGCUACAGUUGCAGAGCCGUUGACCUGAUGUGGCUGGUGGCAGCUGUGGCUUGGUGCAUGCGCCUUGCGUAGAUGCAGGGGUGCAAGGGUGCAGGGGUAUGGUGCGGGUGGGGUAAAAAGGGUCCGUUUGCUUAUCGCGUUGCUUAUAAAGGUUCUUAUCUUGUGGCAUCGUCCGAGAUGCUAUGCUACGCGCACGCAUGCCGGCGUGCUGAGAUACAGCACAGGCCUCCUAAUGGCCUGGCCCCGCUGGGCCUUCUGGUAGCCAUCUACUGGCACCGGCAUACACGCAAGCCGUUAACAGGUGUUGGGCGUUAGCACUUAGGACAGAUAGUACGGACGGCUAGGGUGUUGGCAUGUGUAUUGUCUGGGAAGAAGUCAGCAAAGGAGAAGAAAAACGAACAUUUAGGCAUGCCUGGUAUAGGCCAUGGCAUGCGGAUGCAAGACAUGUGACGUCACGGCAAUGCGUGGCCGUGUUCUGUGUGGCCGCUCAGAAUGGAAUUGACACUUUUGGCUUACGGUAUUUCGUUAGCAGGUGUUGAAGAUAGAUGAGUUCGGGGUCAAGCUUCACUUCACUUACUGUCCUCCCAUGUUGUUCUGGUGAAUACGAGGCAGUGGGACUGCUGCCCUUCUGUUCCUUGUCCUUGUGAGUAGCUUGGUUGGCGGCUCUUGUUGGGAGGGUUGGCACCCUUGGCAGUGGCCGCCUGGGCGCUCGCGGUCCGCUAGGGGUGCUAUGGGAGCUGACGGGUCGUACCUCGGUACCUGAUGCAGUCACCUCACCGCGGCACCGCUACCGUGAUAUGUCUGCCCUGUAGGUAUGCUGCCCUGAUGAAUAAGCCGACCUAGAAUAAGUCGAGUAAUGUCUCCUGCUCAUUGACAGAAGCACCAUGAGCGAGCAAGUAUCAGUGUGUAACCGCGGAUUGCGACGCGUGUGAAUAACUGGAACUCUCUUCAAGUACAAGUGCUUGCAGUGUG